AGAGAUCAUAGGGACACACGGCUUUAUCUCUGUUUUUGAGAAAUAAAUUGUUAGAUCAAAUUGGAGUAAGAAAAAAUUUACUGUAUAUAUCUUUCACCUUUAUUAUAGUUUUCAAUUUCAUAAUAAAAAAGAAUAUUCUUCUUACUAACAGUAGUAUCAAUAAUAAUAAUUAGGUUUUUAUUAUUUUAAUUAUUCAGAUUUUGUAAAUCUGCCCAUUCUUUAGUCAAAAGUCUAUUGACUUAUUCGUAGGCAAAAGACAAGCACAUGAUUAGAGGAGAAUCAAUAGGAAUUUAAUAAUUAAAAUAAUAAUAACCUAACUAUUAUUAUUGAUAACUAGCCGUGAUCUUUGUUAUGCUGUCAAUUGGAGUCUCGGUCAAUUUCUUAUAUAUUCUUCUAAGCUGAGGUCUGUUGUGUAACCGUGAAUUCUCUUCCUCUUCAUAGUGGGUCAUAGGCGACGUUAAUUACAAUGGUGUCACCACUUGUACUUGUUCUAUGCCUUAUUUUUCCUCUGCUUCUAUAUUUCUUCUUCCAUAAACACAUAACCUUUAAGAAACAACCACCACGUCCACCUGGUCCUAGAGGCCUUCCCAUAAUCGGGAAUCUUCAUCAACUGAACAAUUCUGUUCUUUUUCUGCAACUACGGGAACUCUCAAAGAUAUAUGGUCCACUAUUUUCGCUUCAACUGGGUUUAAGGCCAGCUAUUGUUGUUUCUUCCGCUAAAAUUGCCAAGGAAGUACUAAAAACCAAUGACAUUGUGUUUUCUGAUCGACCUAACCUACAUGGCCAGCAGAAACUUUCCUAUAACAGGUCAGAUAUUGUGUUCGCCCCAUACAAUGUUUCUUGGAGAGAAAUCAGAAAACUCUGUGUUGUCCAUAUCUUUAGCAGCAAGCGUGUCUCAAACUUUUCCUCCAUAAGAAAGUUUGAGGUCAAGCAAAUGAUCAAAAAAAUAUCAGAGCAAGCUGCUUCAUCGGUUGUUACAAACUUGAGUGCGAUACAAAUGUCUCUCUCAAGCACUAUAAUGUGCAGGAUUGCCUUCGGGAGGAGGUAUGAAGGAACAGAGGGGAGUAGGUUCCAUGAUUUGAUGCAUGAGUUUCAGGCCAUGCUGGCCUCUUUCUUUGUAUCAGAUUAUAUUCCUUUCGUGGGUUGGAUCGAUAAACUCACAGGAAUGCAUGCACGUUUGGAACAAAUUUUCAAGGAGAUGGAUAAGUUGUACCAAGAUGUCAUUGAUGAACACAUGGAUCCCAAUAGACAGAAACCAGAGGAAGAGGAUAUAGUUGAUGUGUUGCUUCGACUCAAGAAACAGAAGUCCCUUUCAAUUAAUCUCACUUCAAAUCACAUCAAGGGGGUCCUCAUGGACAUGCUUGUCGCUGGUACAGAAACCACUGCAGCGACAAUAGUUUGGGCUAUGACGAACCUAAUAAAAAACCCAAGAGUGAUGAAGAAACUGCAAGAAGAACUUAGAAACUUUGGUGGAGAUAAAAAGGAACUCUUAGAUGAAGAUGAUGUUCAAAAGUUUCCAUAUUUAAAGGCAGUGAUAAAAGAGACACUGAGAUUGCAACUACCAGCCCCACUCCUUGUGCCAAGACAAUCAAAUGAGAAUUGCAUUAUAGAUGGGUAUCACAUUUCAGCAAAGACAAUGGUGUAUGUGAAUGCUUGGGCAAUUCAUAGAGAUCCAGAGAUUUGGAAAGAUCCAGAAGAGUUUUACCCUGAGAGAUUCUUAGACAGUUCUAUAAAUUUUCAAGGGCUUGAUUUUGAACUGAUUCCUUUCGGAGCAGGUCGUAGAAUUUGUCCAGGUAUGCCUAUGGCGGUUGCAACACUGGAACUUAUCCUUGCUAAUCUUAUCUAUUCCUUUGAUUGGAAACUACCACAUGGGUUGGAAAUGGAAGACAUCGAUACUGAAAUGUUACCUGGAAUUACUCAACACAAGAAGAAUCCUCUUUGUCUUUCUGCCAAAUGUGUGAAUGCCACAUGGAUUUAUAACUAAAACAAUUAAGGUUUAGGUUACUCAUUGUCUUGUUUGUUUUGGAUUUGUUUUCUUGUUUUGAUUUGUUAUUUCAAAUGUUCCAUAUUAUUUUCA